AUGAAAAUAAUAGCAAUAUUAUUCAUAGUACUUGCAGUUAUAAAGUCGUCAAUAUCAAAUUGUUACUGGAGCGAAAAUUGUCAUUAUAAACACUUUUCAAGCAAAACACCAUACCAGUUUGUCAGAGGAGAUAUCAGAGAUUCAAUCGUUAAAUUAAAGGGAUGUAAAGCAAUUAGUGUCUGGAGCUUAGUAAGACAUGGAAAAAGAAACCCAGGUUUUCGUUUCGCACAGAGUAUGAUAGAUUUGACAACAAUGAAAUACGAUAUCAAAAUGAAUCAUGAAAAUGGCAAGGGCUCUAUGUGUGCUCAAGAUGUGGAAAAUUUAUAUAAUUGGGAAGCAGAUCCAAAUAUGUUUAAAAAUCUCCAUCAAAUUGCUGGUGAAGGUUAUCAAGAAAUGUAUGGAAUAGGAUACAGAUUAAGAAAAACGUUUAAAGAUUUACUUAAGUCCUUGGGUGAUAAAGAUUACAAGAUACGUCCGGCAUAUGGAGCUUGGAUAGAAAACGGCGUUAAAGGAUUUGUGGAAGGUUUUGGAAAUACGUCAAUGAUAAUUCAAAAAUCAAACGCCGACUAUGACAUAAUCGCGCCCUAUGAAGCUUGUAGUUUCUACAGAAAUGAAGUAAGAUAUAAUCAAGAAACAUUCGCAGAAUCAUAUAAGUAUCAAAAUUCAUCAGAAUUUCUUGCAGUAAAACACAGAAUACAAAAGCGAACGGGAGCUGAUUUUACGUUGUCAAACAGGAAUAUAACAGCCUUAUAUGAUUUAUGCCGCUUUACCUCUUCAGGUUUAAAUAACGAACUUAGUCCUUGGUGCGCGAUUUUUAAUAAAGAAGACUUUCAAGUUAUAGAGUACGAAGGCGACUUGAGGCAUUUUUAUAGAAAUGGUUAUGGUAAUCCACUCAAUGAAAUAUUUGGACGUAUUCCCCUAGCAGAUUUGCUAGAAAGUUUUAAGACAGCAAAAAACGGUAAAGGAAAGAAGCUUACUGUAUAUUUCACACACGCUACUAUGAUGGAUAUGGUAUACUCUGCCCUUGGAUUAUUUAAAGAUCAAAUACCUCUUAAUGGCACUUUUAGGAAUCCUGAGAGGAAGUGGAGAUCAUCUAAAAUAGCUCCUUUUGCUGCCAAUUUAAUAGUAACUUUGAACAGAUGUUCAAUUGACCAGUCAACAGAUUAUAACGUCGUAUUUUAUAUGAACGAAGAACCUUUAAAAUCGAUCUGUAAUGAAGGCGUUUGUUCUUGGGAAGACUUUGAAAUAAAACUUAAUCCUUUUACUAACACUACGUUAGCUUUUUGUUAG